AUGGCAGCAGGGAGCAGGAAUCCAUCCCCUUGGAGCAGAGAGGACACGGAGCCCACUAGCCUCCCUGGGGCUGCAUCGACCUUGGGAAAUGCCCCUUUCAGGACCCCGGGACCCAUCCUCUCCACAGACACACCUGCGGGCUCAGAGUCUGCUCAGACUGCCAGUCUCUUUGUGGGCUCGGCACCAGGUGGCCAGGCUGGAGAGACACCCCCGCCAAGCGUGUCUGCUGUGGGAGGCCAUCCCACUGCAGGAGGGUCUGUGGGCCCUGGCUCUCUCCCUCCUGCUGCCACAGCCUUUGAGUCUGAGGGCAUGGCAGGCUCCAGCGUCCCCUUAGACAGCAGCCCUCGAAGGACCGUUUCCUCCUUUUUGCCCACGGCCACCUCGGCUGCCGCCACAGCAGCGAUGUGGGAGCAUGACACCACCAGGCCUCCUGAAAGGGGUCCAGGUGGCUCCUUCCAUACCGAGAUCCCUUCUUCAGGGAAAGGCAUCAGCACCCUCCUUGCUCUGUCUCCUUCUGACUCGGGCUCCACUAGCAGAGUCCCCGGCGCGACCUCCCUUUCCCAGGGCACACAGACAGUGGCUUCCACCAUCCCUGAGGAGUCAGAGGCCCAGACAGGGAUGCCGGCCAGCUCGGUUGGUCUGACCACCCCUCCCCGGAGUCAGAUCUCCAGUACCGAGGAGGCAGAGACAGCCACGGCUGCCCCUUCCCUGGGAGCCAGCCCAGGGCCAGUGGAUGCACCCACUGCUUUCCCUGUUUCCACGGGCCCUCUAGGAACCGCCAUGGCCCCAGGAGGGAGCCCUAGUUCUAGGAGGACCCUGGAGACUUUGUGGACCGAGACAAGCAGCCCCUUUGCUUCUCCCAGCACGAGCCAGCAGAAGGGCGGUCCUCCUCCUGGGCUAGGGCCCUCUGGCUCCACGAGCACCCGGACACCUGUGGGCAUGACUGAGCCGAGGAGCAGCGCUGUGGUCUCUUCAGCUCCUGGCACAACGAGGACCCCGUAUGCCACGGAGGGGACCAGCCUCCUGGCUUCUCGUGAAGGCUUCCUGGCGACGACUGACACGCAGAGCAGGCCCGAUGGGACAUCUCCCAGCAUCCUCCUGGCUGGGUCAGUCUCAGCAGGCAGCCCUCGAGGCUCAGAGAGCAGCAUGCACUCAGAGAGUUCCUCAGUGUCUGCAGAGAUGGCGGUUGGAGAGAUCACGCUGCCCCCGGGGAGUUCCACCACUGCCUUUCCUGUGGACAGCCCCUCAAGCCAUGGCCCCAGCGUUCCCGUGAUCAGUGCCAGAGCCGAGACGUCAUCCCAGCCGGAGCCGGUGACGGUAGCUGAGUCGGCCCCUUCUCCUGUCUCAGGGACUGCCCCUGGUGAAAAUGCAGCUGUGCCAUGGCUUUCUACCCCAGCUGAGGCCCUGAGUGCCUUAAGCACAGGCCUCAAUUGGCUGUGGACUCUCCCUGCAGCCAGUCCAGAAGCGUCCUCAGGGAGCAGCACCGUGGCUCUGGACAAGGUUUCAGCUGUGCCAGAGACCGAGGGGCCAAGCCUGGCUGCCAGCAGCAUGGUCACAGACACGCUCCCUCCCUCUGCCACCUCUGCUCAGCAUCCUGGCCACCCAAGUCCGGGAGGAGGGAUUGGCUCCGCUGGCUCCCUGACCUCAGCCUGGUCCCCAGAGCCAGCAUCCUCCGACUCUGGCACUGGAGCCGCCUCUUCCUCUCCUCCAGAUGUGAGCUCCUCUUUGGGGGUGACUCGAGCUGGCAGCGGGGCAUUGCCGAUGGACUCGCAGACCACAGACCUUCUCUCGUCGGCCACUGCACCAGCGUAUGGCACAUCAGCAGAGGCCACAAGGACUGUGACAGGAGGUGGCCCUCCAGGGGUAUUGAGUCCAGGGCCCAUUCCCAGCUUGGGAGACUCGAUCACAGCCUCCUGGAAGGACUCAGCAGGCACGGGCAGGAGCUCUGUGUCUCCGGAGCUUACCCUGCCUGUUGUUUUGGGUACUGACGCCUCCACAGGGUUCACAGCAUCUGGUGGCCCAUCCAGUCCUCCUCCAGGGACUGAGCUGCCAACCAUGCCUGGCACCGAGUCGCCAUCCUCACCUCUUGCAGUUGUGGAAGCCAGUUCUGCUUCUCCCCUUUCCUGGGGCCCGGGGGCCAGCCCUUCCCCCGGUUUCUCCCAGUCGACAUCGGAGGACAAAGGAGGCUCCUUUCCGAGCGCCACCAAGCGCACGUCGGAUGUCUCAGCCUCUGGGCCCACCGUGAGUUCAGAGAGUGUUGUUGCCACCUCGUCAGUGCCCAGCACAGAGGAGAUUGGCUCCGGGUCCGCUGCCUCCCUGGGCACCAGACUUCCACUCUUGACUGGCGGGAACAGGGUUACGGGAACAGGGGCUCCAGGCUCUACCCCGGAGCCCACAAGCCCUUGGCGUACAGGCCCGGCAGCAACACCAAGGCCCGGCCUGACCUUCGGCCCUGCCCGGACAGAGAGCACAGUGCCCGUGAGCACAGGUGCUGGCUCAGAGACACCUUCAUCCAGCUCUGUGGGCAGCCAACCGAUAGCACCAGACACCAGCAUUGCCAGCCUUCCGGACCCCCUGGCGACUGAGGCCACCAGCUCUGCGUCUCUCCUUUCGCCAGAGACAGGUUCCCCGGGAAAACUCCAUGUGCUGUCGAGCCUCAGCCCACACUCCCCUCCUGUGUUCACACCGUCCUCGUCCCGGACCAGCCCCUCUUCUCCUGGGAUGGCCCCUUUCUCUGGGUCAGAGCAGAACACAGAAGCAAGCGGGGCAUUUGUGCCAGUUUCAGUUGCCACGGAGACUCUGUGGGCAUCUGGCCCUUCCCCGUCCUGGUCCACACUGACAGCAGACAUCCCUGGCCCAGCUGGUACAGCCUCUGGCUCAGGCCCUGCUCCUUCCACUUCAUCCCAGUUCACAAGCAUCAGUGAGAGCCUAGGUGCCAGCAGCCCCCCUGCAGACCUAACCUCCCAUGAAGCCAUCGCCACAUCUGCAGCCAGUGAGGCCCUGGGGGCCUCCACCAGUGUCAGCACUUCAGACUACACAGGAGUUUCCAGCGUGAGCCCAAUGGCAGCAGGGAGCAGGAAUCCAUCCCCUUGGAGCAGAGAGGACACGGAGCCCACUAGCCUCCCCGGGGCUGCAUCGACCUUGGGAAAUGCCCCUUUCAGGACCCCGGGACCCAUCCUCUCCACAGACACACCUGCGGGCUCAGAGUCUGCUCAGACUGCCAGUCUCUUUGUGGGCUCGGCACCAGGUGGCCAGGCUGGAGAGACACCCCCGCCAAGCGUGUCUGCUGUGGGAGGCCAUCCCACUGCAGGAGGGUCUGUGGGCCCUGGCUCUCUCCCUCCUACUGCCACAGCCUUUGAGUCUGAGGGCAUGGCAGGCUCCAGCGUCCCCUUAGACAGCAGCCCUCGAAGGACCGUUUCCUCCUUUUUGCCCACGGCCACCUCGGCUGCCGCCACAGCAGCGAUGUGGGAGCAGGACACCACCAGGCCUCCUGAAAGGGGUCCAGGUGGCUCCUUCCAUACCGAGAUCCCUUCUUCAGGGAAAGGCAUCAGCACCCCCCUUGCUCUGUCUCCUUCUGACUCGGGCUCCACUAGCAGAGUCCCCGGCGCGACCUCCCUUUCCCAGGGCACACAGACAGUGGCUUCCACCAUCCCCGAGGAGUCAGAGGCCCAGACAGGGAUGCCGGCCAGCUCGGUUGGUCUGACCACCCCUCCCCGGAGUCAGAACUCCAGUACUGAGGAGGCAGAGACAGCCACGGCUGCCCCUUCCCUGGGAGCCAGCCCAGGGCCAGUGGAUGCGCCCACUGCCUUCCCUGUUUCCACGGGCCCUCUAGGAACCACCAUGGCCCCAGGAGGGAGCCCUAGUUCUCGGAGGACCCUGGAGACUUUGUGGACCGAGACAAGCAGCCCCUUUGCUUCUCCCAGCACGAGCCAGCAGAAGGGCGGUCCUCCUCCUGGGCUAGGGCCCUCUGGUUCCACGGGCACCCGGACACCUGUGGCCAUGACCGAGCCGUGGAGCAGCGCUGUGGUCUCUUCAGCUCCUGGCACAACGAGGACCCUGUAUGCCACGGAGGGGACCAGCCUCCUGGCUUCUCGUGAAGGCUUCCUGGCGACGACUGACCCGCAGAGCAGGCCCGAUGGGACAUCUCCCAGCAUCCUCGUGGCUGGGUCAGUCUCAGCAGGCAGCCCUCGAGGCUCAGAGAGCAGCAUGCACUCAGAGAGUUCCUCAGUGUCUGCAGAGAUGGCGGUUGGAGAGAUCACGCUGCCCCCUGGGAGUUCCACCACUGCCUUUCCUGUGGACAGCCCCUCAAGCCAUGGCUCCAGCGUUCCAGUGAUCAGUGCCAGAGCCGAGACGUCAUCCCAGCCGGAGCCGGUGACGGUAGCUGAGUCGUCCCCUUCUCCUGUCUCAGGGACUGCCCCUGGUGAAAAUGCAGCUGUGCCAUGGCUUUCUACCCCAGCUGAGGCCCUGAGUGCCUUAAGCACAGGCCUCAAUUGGCUGUGGACUCUCCCUGCAGCCAGUCCAGAAGCGUCCUCAGGGAGCAGCACCGUGGCUCUGGACAAGGUUUCAGCUGUGCCAGAGACCGAGGGGCCAAGCCUGGCUGCCAGCAGCAUGGUCACAGACACGCUCCCUCCCUCUGCCACCUCUGCUCAGCAUCCUGGCCACCCAAGUCCGGGAGGAGGGAUUGGCUCCGCUGGCUCCCUGACCUCAGCCUGGUCCCCAGAGCCAGCAUCCUCCGACUCUGGCACUGGAGCCGCCUCUUCCUCUCCUCCAGAUGUGAGCUCCUCUUUGGGGGUGACUCGAGCUGGCAGCGGGGCAUUGCCGAUGGACUCGCAGACCACAGACCUUCUCUCGUCGGCCACUGCACCAGCGUAUGGCACAUCGGCAGAGGCCACAAGGACUGUGACAGGAGGUGGCCCUCCAGGGGCAUUGAGUCCAGGGCCCAUUCCCAGCUUGGGAGACUCGAUCACAGCCUCCUGGAAGGACUCAGCAGGCACGGGCAGGAGCUCUGUGUCUCCGGAGCUUACCCUGCCUGUUGUUUUGGGUACUGACGCCUCCACAGGGUUCACAGCAUCUGGUGGCCCAUCCAGUCCUCCUCCAGGGACUGAGCUGCCAACCAUGCCUCGCACCGAGUCGCCAUCCUCACCUCUCGCAGUUGUGGACGCCAGUUCUGCUUCUCCCCUUUCCUGGGGCCCGGGGGCCAGCCCUUCCCCCGGUUUCUCCCAGUCGACAUCGGAGGACAAAGGAGGCUCCUUUCCGAGCGCCACCGAGCGCACGUCGGAUGUCUCAGCCUCUGGACCCACCGUGAGUUCAGAGAGUGUUGUUGCCACCUCGUCAGUGCCCAGCACAGAGGAGAUUGGCUCCGGGUCCGCUGCCUCCCUGGGCACCAGACUUCCACUCUUGACUGGCGGGAACAGGGUUACGGGAACAGGGGCUCCAGGCUCUACCCCGGAGCCCACAAGCCCUUGGCGUACAGGCCCGGCAGCAACACCAAUGCCCGGCCUGACCUUCGGCCCUGCCCGGACAGAGAGCACAGUGCCCGUGAGCACAGGUGCUGGCUCAGAGACACCUUCAUCCAGCUCUGUGGGCAGCCAACCGAUAGCACCAGACACCAGCAUUGCCAGCCUUCCGGACCCCCUGGCGACUGAGGCCACCAGCUCUGCGUCUCUCCUUUCGCCAGAGACAGGUUCCCCGGGAAAACUCCAUGUGCUGUCGAGCCUCAGCCCACACUCCCCUCCUGUGUUCACGCCGUCCUCGUCCCGGACCAGCCCCUCUUCUCCUGGGAUGGCCCCUUUCUCUGGGUCAGAGCAGAACACAGAAGCAAGCGGGGCAUUUGUGCCAGUUUCAGUUGCCACGGAGACUCUGUGGGCAUCUGGCCCUUCCCCGUCCUGGUCCACACUGACAGCAGACAUCCCUGGCCCAGCUGGUACAGCCUCUGGCUCAGGCCCUGCUCCUUCCACUUCAUCCCAGUUCACAAGCAUCAGUGAGAGCCUAGGUGCCAGCAGCCCCCCUGCAGACCUAACCUCCCAUGAAGCCAUCGCCACAUCUGCAGCCAGUGAGGCCCUGGGGGCCUCCACCAGUGUCAGCACUUCAGACUACACAGGAGUUUCCAGCGUGAGCCCAAUGGCAGCAGGGAGCAGGAAUCCAUCCCCUUGGAGCAGAGAGGACACGGAGCCCACUAGCCUCCCCGGGGCUGCAUCGACCUUGGGAAAUGCCCCUUUCAGGACCCCGGGACCCAUCCUCUCCACAGACACACCUGCGGGCUCAGAGUCUGCUCAGACUGCCAGUCUCUUUGUGGGCUCGGCACCAGGUGGCCAGGCUGGAGAGACAUCCCCGCCAAGCGUGUCUGCUGUGGGAGGCCAUCCCACUGCAGGAGGGUCUGUGGGCCCUGGCUCUCUCCCUCCUGCUGCCACAGCCUUUGAGUCUGAGGGCAUGGCAGGCUCCAGCGUCCCCUUAGACAGCAGCCCUCGAAGGACCGUUUCCUCCUUUUUGCCCACGGCCACCUCGGCUGCCGCCACAGCAGCGAUGUGGGAGCAUGACACCACCAGGCCUCCUGAAAGGGGUCCAGGUGGCUCCUUCCAUACCGAGAUCCCUUCUUCAGGGAAAGGCAUCAGCACCCCCCUUGUUCUGUCUCCUUCUGACUCGGGCUCCACUAGCAGAGUCCCCGGCGCGACCUCCCUUUCCCAGGGCACACAGACAGUGGCUUCCACCAUCCCCGAGGAGUCAGAGGCCCAGACAGGGAUGCCGGCCAGCUCGGUUGGUCUGACCACCCCUCCCCGGAGUCAGAUCUCCAGUACCGAGGAGGCAGAGACAGCCACGGCUGCCCCUUCCCUGGGAGCCAGCCCAGGGCCAGUGGAUGCGCCCACUGCCUUCCCUGUUUCCACGGGCCCUCUAGGAACCGCCAUGGCCCCAGGAGGGAGCCCUAGUUCUAGGAGGACCCUGGAGACUUUGUGGACCGAGACAAGCAGCCCCUUUGCUUCUCCCAGCACGAGCCAGCAGAAGGGCGGUCCUCCUCCUGGGCUAGGGCCCUCUGGUUCCACGGGCACCCGGACACCUGUGGCCAUGACCGAGCCGUGGAGCAGCGCUGUGGUCUCUUCAGCUCCUGGCACAACGAGGACCCCGUAUGCCACGGAGGGGACCAGCCUCCUGGCUUCUCGUGAAGGCUUCCUGGCGACGACUGACACGCAGAGCAGGCCCGAUGGGACAUCUCCCAGCAUCCUCCUGGCUGGGUCAGUCUCAGCAGGCAGCCCUCGAGGCUCAGAGAGCAGCAUGCACUCAGAGAGUUCCUCAGUGUCUGCAGAGAUGGCGGUUGGAGAGAUCACGCUGCCCCCUGGGAGUUCCACCACUGCCUUUCCUGUGGACAGCCCCUCAAGCCAUGGCUCCAGCGUUCCCGUGAUCAGUGCCAGAGCCGAGACGUCAUCCCAGCCGGAGCCGGUGACGGUAGCUGAGUCGUCCCCUUCUCCUGUCUCAGGGACUGUCCCUGGUGAAAAUGCAGCUGUGCCAUGGCUUUCUACCCCAGCUGAGGCCCUGAGUGCCUUAAGCACAGGCCUCAAUUGGCUGUGGACUCUCCCUGCAGCCAGUCCAGAAGCGUCCUCAGGGAGCAGCACCGUGGCUCUGGACAAGGUUUCAGCUGUGCCAGAGACCGAGGGGCCAAGCCUGGCUGCCAGCAGCAUGGUCACAGACACGCUCCCUCCCUCUGCCACCUCUGCUCAGCAUCCUGGCCACCCAAGUCCGGGAGGAGGGAUUGGCUCCGCUGGCUCCCUGACCUCAGCCUGGUCCCCAGAGCCAACAUCCUCCGACUCUGGCACUGGAGCCGCCUCUUCCUCUCCUCCAGAUGUGAGCUCCUCUUUGGGGGUGACUCGAGCUGGCAGCGGGGCAUUGCCGAUGGACUCGCAGACCACAGACCUUCUCUCGUCGGCCACUGCACCAGCGUAUGGCACAUCGGCAGAGGCCACAAGGACUGUGACAGGAGGUGGCCCUCCAGGGGCAUUGAGUCCAGGGCCCAUUCCCAGCUUGGGAGACUCGAUCACAGCCUCCUGGAAGGACUCAGCAGGCACGGGCAGGAGCUCUGUGUCUCCGGAGCUUACCCUGCCUGUUGUUUUGGGUACUGACGCCUCCACAGGGUUCACAGCAUCUGGUGGCCCAUCCAGUCCUCCUCCAGGGACUGAGCUGCCAACCAUGCCUGGCACCGAGUCGCCAUCCUCACCUCUCGCAGUUGUGGAAGCCAGUUCUGCUUCUCCCCUUUCCUGGGGCCCGGGGGCCAGCCCUUCCCCCGGUUUCUCCCAGUCGACAUCGGAGGACAAAGGAGGCUCCUUUCCGAGCGCCACCAAGCGCAUGUCGGAUGUCUCAGCCUCUGGGCCCACCGUGAGUUCAGAGAGUGUUGUUGCCACCUCGUCAGUGCCCAGCACAGAGGAGAUUGGCUCCGGGUCCGCUGCCUCCCUGGGCACCAGACUUCCACUCUUGACUGGCGGGAACAGGGUUACGGGAACAGGGGCUCCAGGAUCUACCCCGGAGCCCACAAGCCCUUGGCGUACAGGCCCGGCAGCAACACCAAGGCCCGGCCUGACCUUCGGCCCUGCCCGGACAGAGAGCACAGUGCCCGUGAGCACAGGUGCUGGCUCAGAGACACCUUCAUCCAGCUCUGUGGGCAGCCAACCGAUAGCACCAGACACCAGCAUUGCCAGCCUUCCGGACCCCCUGGCGACUGAGGCCACCAGCUCUGCGUCUCUCCUUUCGCCAGAGACAGGUUCCCCGGGAAAACUCCAUGUGCUGUCGAGCCUCAGCCCACACUCCCCUCCUGUGUUCACGCCGUCCUCGUCCCGGACCAGCCCCUCUUCUCCUGGGAUGGCCCCUUUCUCUGGGUCAGAGCAGAACACAGAAGCAAGCGGGGCAUUUGUGCCAGUUUCAGUUGCCACGGAGACUCUGUGGGCAUCUGGCCCUUCCCCGUCCUGGUCCACACUGACAGCAGACAUCCCUGGCCCAGCUGGUACAGCCUCUGGCUCAGGCCCUGCUCCUUCCACUUCAUCCCAGUUCACAAGCAUCAGUGAGAGCCUAGGUGCCAGCAGCCCCCCUGCAGACCUAACCUCCCAUGAAGCCAUCGCCACAUCUGCAGCCAGUGAGGCCCUGGGGGCCUCCACCAGUGUCAGCACUUCAGACUACACAGGAGUUUCCAGCGUGAGCCCAAUGGCAGCAGGGAGCAGGAAUCCAUCCCCUUGGAGCAGAGAGGACACGGAGCCCACUAGCCUCCCCGGGGCUGCAUCGACCUUGGGAAAUGCCCCUUUCAGGACCCCGGGACCCAUCCUCUCCACAGACACACCUGCGGGCUCAGAGUCUGCUCAGACUGCCAGUCUCUUUGUGGGCUCGGCACCAGGUGGCCAGGCUGGAGAGACAUCCCCGCCAAGCGUGUCUGCUGUGGGAGGCCAUCCCACUGCAGGAGGGUCUGUGGGCCCUGGCUCUCUCCCUCCUGCUGCCACAGCCUUUGAGUCUGAGGGCAUGGCAGGCUCCAGCGUCCCCUUAGACAGCAGCCCUCGAAGGACCGUUUCCUCCUUUUUGCCCACGGCCACCUCGGCUGCCGCCACAGCAGCGAUGUGGGAGCAUGACACCACCAGGCCUCCUGAAAGGGGUCCACGUGGCUCCUUCCAUACCGAGAUCCCUUCUUCAGGGAAAGGCAUCAGCACCCCCCUUGUUCUGUCUCCUUCUGACUCGGGCUCCACUAGCAGAGUCCCCGGCGCGACCUCCCUUUCCCAGGGCACACAGACAGUGGCUUCCACCAUCCCCGAGGAGUCAGAGGCCCAGACAGGGAUGCCGGCCAGCUCGGUUGGUCUGACCACCCCUCCCCGGAGUCAGAUCUCCAGUACCGAGGAGGCAGAGACAGCCACGGCUGCCCCUUCCCUGGGAGCCAGCCCAGGGCCAGUGGAUGCGCCCACUGCCUUCCCUGUUUCCACGGGCCCUCUAGGAACCGCCAUGGCCCCAGGAGGGAGCCCUAGUUCUAGGAGGACCCUGGAGACUUUGUGGACCGAGACAAGCAGCCCCUUUGCUUCUCCCAGCACGAGCCAGCAGAAGGGCGGUCCUCCUCCUGGGCUAGGGCCCUCUGGUUCCACGGGCACCCGGACACCUGUGGCCAUGACCGAGCCGUGGAGCAGCGCUGUGGUCUCUUCAGCUCCUGGCACAACGAGGACCCCGUAUGCCACGGAGGGGACCAGCCUCCUGGCUUCUCGUGAAGGCUUCCUGGCGACGACUGACACGCAGAGCAGGCCCGAUGGGACAUCUCCCAGCAUCCUCCUGGCUGGGUCAGUCUCAGCAGGCAGCCCUCGAGGCUCAGAGAGCAGCAUGCACUCAGAGAGUUCCUCAGUGUCUGCAGAGAUGGCGGUUGGAGAGAUCACGCUGCCCCCUGGGAGUUCCACCACUGCCUUUCCUGUGGACAGCCCCUCAAGCCAUGGCUCCAGCGUUCCCGUGAUCAGUGCCAGAGCCGAGACGUCAUCCCAGCCGGAGCCGGUGACGGUAGCUGAGUCGUCCCCUUCUCCUGUCUCAGGGACUGUCCCUGGUGAAAAUGCAGCUGUGCCAUGGCUUUCUACCCCAGCUGAGGCCAUGAGUGCCUUAAGCACAGGCCUCAAUUGGCUGUGGACUCUCCCUGCAGCCAGUCCAGAAGCGUCCUCAGGGAGCAGCACCGUGGCUCUGGACAAGGUUUCAGCUGUGCCAGAGACCGAGGGGCCAAGCCUGGCUGCCAGCAGCAUGGUCACAGACACGCUCCCUCCCUCUGCCACCUCUGCUCAGCAUCCUGGCCACCCAAGUCCGGGAGGAGGGAUUGGCUCCGCUGGCUCCCUGACCUCAGCCUGGUCCCCAGAGCCAACAUCCUCCGACUCUGGCACUGGAGCCGCCUCUUCCUCUCCUCCAGAUGUGAGCUCCUCUUUGGGGGUGACUCGAGCUGGCAGCGGGGCAUUGCCGAUGGACUCGCAGACCACAGACCUUCUCUCGUCGGCCACUGCACCAGCGUAUGGCACAUCGGCAGAGGCCACAAGGACUGUGACAGGAGGUGGCCCUCCAGGGGCAUUGAGUCCAGGGCCCAUUCCCAGCUUGGGAGACUCGAUCACAGCCUCCUGGAAGGACUCAGCAGGCACGGGCAGGAGCUCUGUGUCUCCGGAGCUUACCCUGCCUGUUGUUUUGGGUACUGACGCCUCCACAGGGUUCACAGCAUCUGGUGGCCCAUCCAGUCCUCCUCCAGGGACUGAGCUGCCAACCAUGCCUGGCACCGAGUCGCCAUCCUCACCUCUCGCAGUUGUGGAAGCCAGUUCUGCUUCUCCCCUUUCCUGGGGCCCGGGGGCCAGCCCUUCCCCCGGUUUCUCCCAGUCGACAUCGGAGGACAAAGGAGGCUCCUUUCCGAGCGCCACCAAGCGCAUGUCGGAUGUCUCAGCCUCUGGGCCCACCGUGAGUUCAGAGAGUGUUGUUGCCACCUCGUCAGUGCCCAGCACAGAGGAGAUUGGCUCCGGGUCCGCUGCCUCCCUGGGCACCAGACUUCCACUCUUGACUGGCGGGAACAGGGUUACGGGAACAGGGGCUCCAGGAUCUACCCCGGAGCCCACAAGCCCUUGGCGUACAGGCCCGGCAGCAACACCAAGGCCCGGCCUGACCUUCGGCCCUGCCCGGACAGAGAGCACAGUGCCCGUGAGCACAGGUGCUGGCUCAGAGACACCUUCAUCCAGCUCUGUGGGCAGCCAACCGAUAGCACCAGACACCAGCAUUGCCAGCCUUCCGGACCCCCUGGCGACUGAGGCCACCAGCUCUGCGUCUCUCCUUUCGCCAGAGACAGGUUCCCCGGGAAAACUCCAUGUGCUGUCGAGCCUCAGCCCACACUCCCCUCCUGUGUUCACGCCGUCCUCGUCCCGGACCAGCCCCUCUUCUCCUGGGAUGGCCCCUUUCUCUGGGUCAGAGCAGAACACAGAAGCAAGCGGGGCAUUUGUGCCAGUUUCAGUUGCCACGGAGACUCUGUGGGCAUCUGGCCCUUCCCCGUCCUGGUCCACACUGACAGCAGACAUCCCUGGCCCAGCUGGUACAGCCUCUGGCUCAGGCCCUGCUCCUUCCACUUCAUCCCAGUUCACAAGCAUCAGUGAGAGCCUAGGUGCCAGCAGCCCCCCUGCAGACCUAACCUCCCAUGAAGCCAUCGCCACAUCUGCAGCCAGUGAGGCCCUGGGGGCCUCCACCAGUGUCAGCACUUCAGACUACACAGGAGUUUCCAGCGUGAGCCCAAUGGCAGCAGGGAGCAGGAAUCCAUCCCCUUGGAGCAGAGAGGACACGGAGCCCACUAGCCUCCCCGGGGCUGCAUCGACCUUGGGAAAUGCCCCUUUCAGGACCCCGGGACCCAUCCUCUCCACAGACACACCUGCGGGCUCAGAGUCUGCUCAGACUGCCAGUCUCUUUGUGGGCUCGGCACCAGGUGGCCAGGCUGGAGAGACACCCCCGCCAAGCGUGUCUGCUGUGGGAGGCCAUCCCACUGCAGGAGGGUCUGUGGGCCCUGGCUCUCUCCCUCCUGCUGCCACAGCCUUUGAGUCUGAGGGCAUGGCAGGCUCCAGCGUCCCCUUAGACAGCAGCCCUCGAAGGACCGUUUCCUCCUUUUUGCCCACGGCCACCUCGGCUGCUGCCACAGCAGCGAUGUGGGAGCAGGACACCACCAGGCCUCCUGAAAGGGGUCCAGGUGGCUCCUUCCAUACCGAGAUCCCUUCUUCAGGGAAAGGCAUCAGCACCCCCCUUGCUCUGUCUCCUUCUGACUCGGGCUCCACUAGCAGAGUCCCCGGCGCGACCUCCCUUUCCCAGGGCACACAGACAGUGGCUUCCACCAUCCCCGAGGAGUCAGAGGCCCAGACAGGGAUGCCGGCCAGCUCGGUUGGUCUGACCACCCCUCCCCGGAGUCAGAACUCCAGUACUGAGGAGGCAGAGACAGCCACGGCUGCCCCUUCCCUGGGAGCCAGCCCAGGGCCAGUGGAUGCGCCCACUGCCUUCCCUGUUUCCACGGGCCCUCUAGGAACCACCAUGGCCCCAGGAGGGAGCCCUAGUUCUAGGAGGACCCUGGAGACUUUGUGGACCGAGACAAGCAGCCCCUUUGCUUCUCCCAGCACGAGCCAGCAGAAGGGCGGUCCUCCUCCUGGGCUAGGGCCCUCUGGUUCCACGGGCACCCGGACACCUGUGGCCAUGACCGAGCCGUGGAGCAGCGCUGUGGUCUCUUCAGCUCCUGGCACAACGAGGACCCUGUAUGCCACGGAGGGGACCAGCCUCCUGGCUUCUCGUGAAGGCUUCCUGGCGACGACUGACCCGCAGAGCAGGCCCGAUGGGACAUCUCCCAGCAUCCUCGUGGCUGGGUCAGUCUCAGCAGGCAGCCCUCGAGGCUCAGAGAGCAGCAUGCACUCAGAGAGUUCCUCAGUGUCUGCAGAGAUGGCGGUUGGAGAGAUCACGCUGCCCCCUGGGAGUUCCACCACUGCCUUUCCUGUGGACAGCCCCUCAAGCCAUGGCUCCAGCGUUCCAGUGAUCAGUGCCAGAGCCGAGACGUCAUCCCAGCCGGAGCCGGUGACGGUAGCUGAGUCGUCCCCUUCUCCUGUCUCAGGGACUGCCCCUGGUGAAAAUGCAUCUGUGCCAUGGCUUUCUACCCCAGCUGAGGCCCUGAGUGCCUUAAGCACAGGCCUCAAUUGGCUGUGGACUCUCCCUGCAGCCAGUCCAGAAGCGUCCUCAGGGAGCAGCACCGUGGCUCUGGACAAGGUUUCAGCUGUGCCAGAGACCGAGGGGCCAAGCCUGGCUGCCAGCAGCAUGGUCACAGACACGCUCCCUCCCUCUGCCACCUCUGCUCAGCAUCCUGGCCACCCAAGUCCGGGAGGAGGGAUUGGCUCCGCUGGCUCCCUGACCUCAGCCUGGUCCCCAGAGCCAGCAUCCUCCGACUCUGGCACUGGAGCCGCCUCUUCCUCUCCUCCAGAUGUGAGCUCCUCUUUGGGGGUGACUCGAGCUGGCAGCGGGGCAUUGCCGAUGGACUCGCAGACCACAGACCUUCUCUCGUCGGCCACUGCACCAGCGUAUGGCACAUCGGCAGAGGCCACAAGGACUGUGACAGGAGGUGGCCCUCCAGGGGCAUUGAGUCCAGGGCCCAUUCCCAGCUUGGGAGACUCGAUCACAGCCUCCUGGAAGGACUCAGCAGGCACGGGCAGGAGCUCUGUGUCUCCGGAGCUUACCCUGCCUGUUGUUUUGGGUACUGACGCCUCCACAGGGUUCACAGCAUCUGGUGGCCCAUCCAGUCCUCCUCCAGGGACUGAGCUGCCAACCAUGCCUGGCACCGAGUCGCCAUCCUCACCUCUCGCAGUUGUGGAAGCCAGUUCUGCUUCUCCCCUUUCCUGGGGCCCGGGGGCCAGCCCUUCCCCCGGUUUCUCCCAGUCGACAUCGGAGGACAAAGGAGGCUCCUUUCCGAGCGCCACCGAGCGCACGUCGGAUGUCUCAGCCUCUGGACCCACCAUGAGUUCAGAGAGUGUUGUUGCCACCUCGUCAGUGCCCAGCACAGAGGAGAUUGGCUCCGGGUCCGCUGCCUCCCUGGGCACCAGACUUCCACUCUUGACUGGCGGGAACAGGGUUACGGGAACAGGGGCUCCAGGCUCUACCCCGGAGCCCACAAGCCCUUGGCGUACAGGCCCAGCAGCAACACCAAGGCCCGGCCUGACCUUCGGCCCUGCCCGGACAGAGAGCACAGUGCCCGUGAGCACAGGUGCUGGCUCAGAGACACCUUCAUCCAGCUCUGUGGGCAGCCAACCGAUAGCACCAGACACCAGCAUUGCCAGCCUUCCGGACCCCCUGGCGACUGAGGCCACCAGCUCUGCGUCUCUCCUUUCGCCAGAGACAGGUUCCCCGGGAAAACUCCAUGUGCUGUCGAGCCUCAGCCCAGACUCCUCUCCUGUGUUCACGCCGUCCUCGUCCCGGACCAGCCCCUCUUCUCCUGGGAUGGCCCCUUUCUCUGGGUCAGAGCAGAACACAGAAGCAAGCGGGGCAUUUGUGCCAGUUUCAGUUGCCACGGAGACUCUGUGGGCAUCUGGCCCUUCCCCGUCCUGGUCCACACUGACAGCAGACAUCCCUGGCCCAGCUGGUACAGCCUCUGGCUCAGGCCCUGCUCCUUCCACUUCAUCCCAGUUCACAAGCAUCAGUGAGAGCCUAGGUGCCAGCAGCCCCCCUGCAGACCUAACCUCCCAUGAAGCCAUCGCCACAUCUCCAGCCAGUGAGGCCCUGGGGGCCUCCACCAGUGUCAGCACUUCAGGUUUUGAUGCUAGUGUGGUGACUGUCACCCACAUUCCAGACCAAGUUGCAUCUGGAGGAUCCUGGGCACCAACAAGUGAUUCUCAGGCACUCAGAUCCACUGUCAGUUCCACAGGCAAAAAUGUGGUGCCCACCACACAAAUCCCAAGCCAAGAAGCAUCAAGAGGUUCUGUAACACUGACAAGCAACCCUCUAACACUCAAAGACACUCUCAGCCCUAUAGUGACCACAUCUAGAACACACACAGCUACCAUGGAGAGCACCAGUAUGGGCCUGGGACCAAUAUCAAGGUCAAUUUCACCAGAUGCCCCACAGACAACUGCUUUGGCUUCAGAAAUGGACAUUAGCUCCUCUGCCUCCCAGGCUUCCUCUCUUUCAUCUUUCAGUAGCAAAGAAACAGAGAAAAUACCUUCAUCCAUUCCAGUGCAAGCUGAGGCUACCACCCCAGAGAAGCUGGACGUCCCGACAAGCACAGAAUCUGACUCAGCUUCUUGGCUCACUCCUGCUCUAAGCACCGUCCCAACUGCUGCAGUAGGAGACACAUAUGCAUCCCUGGCAUCCACAGAAGCAAAAACUGGGCUCAUAACAAUGUCUUUUUCCUUUGUGGAGAGUAAAGACAAAAACGGGGCAACUCCCAAAGAGCAAACAUAUUCCACAGGACCCUCAACUCUUCCUUGGCUUAAGACAAUAUCCACUAUUGUCCCCUAUAAUGUAAGUCAGGAAGCCAACUUUUCCACAAUUGUCCCUUCACCUACUAGAACAGGAGCCUUGGCGAGCCAAGCUGCACUUCCUACCACGGAGUCCCCUAAAUCCUCAUAUUCUGAGGGGGUGACCACUUCAACUGGACCAGUGACUGCCAAUACAGCUAUUCCUCCUAGUCUCAGUCCAGGAGAGAUCCAAGAUUUCGCCACUCAAGACAACAUACUACUAAGCAAUAGUUUGGUCUCCACAUCCACCCAUGUGUUUGAAAUGAGUAUAGGGGGCAGUGCUACAGGAUCAGAUGAUAGCACAAUUCACCCUGUUGAGACCUCCCUUGAUCUCAGGACAAGCCCUACUGGAGAGUCCAGCACAGGGGCAGAGGGCUAUGCUACUCUAUACAACACCCUCCUUACUAUAGGGUCAGCUCCACGGGAGAUGAUGACUCAUGAUGUUCCACCUGCAGACUUAGAGGUGCCAUUAGAUCAUUCCUUGACCACCUUGGACAUGGUGGCCAUGACUAGUCCUGUUACAGAUAUGGUGACCACCUUAACCACAGACAGCACUGUCAGGGUCCAUCACUCAGUCCUUCCUCUUGGCACCAGUUCAGGGGAGAUGUCACCAAGUUCUACAUCAUUCAUUCCCGGAGAGGAAAAUCCUGCCAUCCAGUGGCCAGGUGUGACCACAAUGACCUUUGCUCAUCUUGGACAAGGAUCAAGUCUGUCUUCUAUUACCCAGGAUGAGCCAUCUGUAACUCAAAGAACAUUGAUUACCAAAGUUCCACAGGGAAGUAAUAAAGAAUCCCUAUUGUCCUCUACUGAAGUUCAGGCCACUGGAACAGGGACCAUAGCAAUUUCCACAGCCUCAAGCCUACAGUACAUCCAGACUUCCAAGGGUACCAUCUCAGAGGCCAACAGGACCUAUCCUACUUUUUCAUCUUCCCUGGGAAGCCCUGGGACACAAGACUCUACUCUUGAGAGAGUAACAAGCAAUUAUCAGGCAUUGUCCAAUAUGCCCACCGAGAAAUCACUGGGAGGAGACACUGGUUCACCAAUCCCUAUUUCCACAAUACUUUCUGAAGUCACUACAUCAAGAGCAAGUACCCAAGGAUUUGAAAGUCCAAGCACAGCUACUCUGGAAGCCAGCACUGCUUCAGCAGUGGGGGCCAGGCCUGCUGUGACCUUGAUGUCUUCACUGACCAAGACUACAGCUUCUAUCAGCACAGAUGUGAAGACCACGCCACAUUUAGCUUUCUAUGCAUCCAGUCCCCCAUCACCAGCAAAAACAAGCUCUCCAAGUCUAGUUGAUACCACCUUAGGUGAAUUUUCCUUGGAUUCCUCCACAAGAGCAGCACCCUCUAGCCCUGCCUAUGAAUCUCCAAAGCAAAGCCCAAAUGCUUCUCCUACUGUUGCCACUUCUGUGGCUUGGAUAAGUGCCAUUCCCCCUGGUACUACUCCCUCUUGGGAGGGAUCAAGGGAAGCCAUCUUGACUGCAGGAUCAGAGACGACCUCAGGGUUAGUGAAAACAUCAUCUCUAGCUGCUACUCUGACUCCGGCAAGAACACAGGCAGUCUGGACAUCAUCACUUCCCACCUCAGCAUCCACAGCCUCAGAGGGCAGUAGUGCUAGGGAAGAAAUAGAAGCUAUUUCUGCCCCUGCAGCUCCCAGCUCCACCUUGUUCACAAGUGGUGAUGCUGGUUUGGAGCCUGUCACCCAUAUUACUGACAACAGAGUACCAGGAGACACUAUAACACUGACAAGUGGAUUGCUGGCCCCUGUGUCUACUGUACAUGUUGCAGCGAGUGAGAAUGAUGUAGGGCCCUUCACCCAUAUCCCAGACCACGGAUCAGCAAGAGACAUGACAUCAGUGACCAGUGAAUCUACUGUAGGUGCCAUGGGAAGUGAUGCUGGUGUGGUGCCAGUCACACAUGCCCAAGGCCAUGAAGAACCAGGAAGCACAGUAACACUGAUAAGGAAUCCCCUGACUCCUGUGUCUACUGUUAUUCCCACAGAUGGUGAAGCUAGUAUGAUCACUACACACAUCCCAGGCUAUGAAGCCUCAAGAGGCACUGAAGCAUUAAGUGGCCUCCUGGUGACAUUGUCUUCUGGAAGUCCCACAGGGCCCAGUGCAGAAAGCAAGGGCAGGAUAAUGACCACAGCUGGAGAGCCAGAGACCAUAAUGACUACAACUUCCAGCCCUGCAGUAAGAACACACUCUGUUCUGGCAACAACAGCCUCAACCACUGCCUCUGAUAUUGACUUGGAAAAAAUCACUGUGCCUGCUUCCUCUGCCUUGCCAGAGACCAUGGUAGCACCAGCUGCCUGGUCUGGAGUGGCGACCAGCCCAUCUGAAACUACGCUCAUUGCCGAAAUCUCUACCCCACCUGGGGCUGGGACAGGAGGAGGGAGCCCCAUAGGUGUCCCUUCACACCCUGCUACUCCCGACACCAUAGCAUCGACCACAGCCUUCCCCUGGACCAAUGUGCUCCCAGCAGGGUCUACAAGCACUUCAGCCACAAGUCUUUCCAGUGUCAGUAGAGAAGAUCCAAAGCCAAUGACCUCUCUGGACACAUCUGCUUCAGAGACCACAGCCAUGGCUACUGCAAGGGAAGGGCCGGCCCUGACUGAGUCCACAGCCACGAUGGAUAUCAGCAGAGGAGCUGAGGCUGUGGUUCUGUCCACAAGUGAUUUGCCCACCAGCUCAGCUGCCCCUCUCAUUCCCACAGAUAAAGUAUCCACCCAGACCACCAUGACCACUAUUGCAGACACUGCACCAUCUCUGACUCCAUCACCUUCCUCUAGCACUACAGCAACUGGGAGACCAAGGCUGGAACUUUUUACUAUGAAUUUCACCAUAACCAAUCUGCUGUACACAGAAGAUAUGGGGCAGCCAGGCUCAGAGAAAUUCACGUCCACAGAGAGAGUCCUCCAGCGCCUACUCAGAGGCGUGUUCAAGAACAGUAGCCUGGCUUCUAGCUAUUCCGGGUGUAAGCUGACCUCACUGAGGCCUGUGAAGGAUGGGGAAGCCACUGGAGUGGAUGUUGUGUGUGUCCAUCGUGAAGUCCCCACCAGCCCUGUCCUGGACCGAGUGAAGGUUUACUGGGAGCUGAGCAACCACACCUAUGGCAUCACCAGGCUGGGCCCCUACACCCUGGACAGGGACAGCCUCUUCCUCAAUGGUUAUAAUAAUAAACAGACUUCCACUGCAAGUACUGGAGCCUCUAUCCUGGAGCUCUUCACCUUGAACUUCACCAUCACUAACUUGCUCUGCACAGAAGACAUGGAACAGAAGGACUCCAGUAAAUUCAACUUUACAGAAAGGGUCCUACAGCGGCUGCUCAGUCCUGUGUUUGAGAAGACCAGCCUUGGCUUGGGCUAUUUGGGAUGCAGGUUGACCUUGCUAAGACCUGUGAGGAACAGGACAGCAACCAGAGUGGACACUGUCUGUGUAUAUCAGAGAGACCCCACCAUUCCUGGGCUAGAUAGAGAAGGAGUUUACUGGGAGCUGAGCAAUCAAACCCAGGGCAUCACCAAGCUGGGGCCUUACACUCUGGAGAAGGACAGUCUAUAUCUCAAUGAUUACAACCAUCAGAUGAGUCUCCCCACCUUCACAACCACUCCAGUGAUAAAACCCAUCACUUUAACAUCCCCUCUGACUUCAUCAUCAUCCCCCAUCACCACAGCAUCAGGGAACUCCUACUUAAAGAUUUUCACCCUCAACUUCACCAUCACCAACCUGUUCUACACAACAGACAUGGGUCAAAGGGGCUCCAGCAAAUUCAACUCCACUGAGUCUGUCCUGCAGCACUUGCUCAACUCUGUGUUUGGAAACGGCAGCCUUGGCUCUCACUAUUUGGGAUGCAGUCUGACUUUGUUGAGGUCUAUGAAGAAUAGGACAGCAACAGGAGUGGAUGUUGCAUGUGCUUAUCAGGAAGAUUUCUCCAUCCCUGUCUUGGACAGAGAGAAGGUUUACUGGGAGCUGAGUGAACAGACUCAUGAUAUAACAAGGCUUGGACCCUACACUUUAGAUAAGGAAAGCCUCUAUGUAGAUGGAUAUAACUAUCAGAUGCCAACCUCCUCCACAAACACCUGGAGCCCCAGCCUGGAAGCUUUCACCCUGAACUUCACCAUCACCAACCUAUUCUACACAGAAGACAUGGGGCAGAGGGAUUCCAUCAAAUUCAACUCCACUGAAAGGAUUCUGCAGAACAUGCUCAGUCUUUUGUUUGAGAACAGCAGCCUUGGCUCCAGUUAUUCCAGGUGCAAGCUGAUCUUGCUCAGACCUGUGAAGAAUCUGACAGCUACUGAAGUAGAUGCCAUCUGCUUCUAUUGGAGUAAUUCCACUGACCCCUUUCUGGAUAGGGAGAGGGUUUACUGGGAAUUCAGCAACCAGACUGGUGGCAUCACGAGGCUGGGGCCCUACAUCUUGGACAAGGACAGUCUCUACCUCAAUGGUUAUAAUCAUCAAUUACAAUCACCCACCAGUGCUCCUAUCCUGACCACAUUCAUUCCAAGAAUUUCCUCAGAUCCUUCUCUAUUGCCCAAUUCUUCAGCAUCUGGCAGCUUUAGCCUGGAGUCUUUUACCCUGAACUUCACAAUCACCAACUUGCUCUGCACAGCAGACAUGGGACGGCCAGGUUCCCAAAAGUUCAACGCCACUGAAAGAGUCCUAGAGCGCCUGCUCAGCCCCUUGCUUGAAAACAGUAGCCUUGGCUCUGACUAUUCUGGAUGCAGGCUGACCAUGCUGAGGCCCGUACAGAAUGGGACAGCAACCGAAUUCCUGUGUAGCCAUUGGAAAACCCCCACCAACUCUAUAUUGGACAGAAAGAAGAUUUACUGGGAGCUGAGCAAUCAGACCCAAGGUAUCACCAGGCUGGGUGCCUAUACCCUGGACAAUAAGAGCCUCUAUAUCGAUGGAUGCAACUAUCAGAUGAAUCUUUCCUCCUUCACAAGUGCUCCAGUGCUAACAACUUUCACUCCAGUGCCACUACCAAUUUCCACAGUUGGAAGCCCCAACUUUGAGUAUUUUACCCUGAAUUUCACCAUCACCAACCUGAUGUUCACAGCAGACAUGGGUGAAAAGGGUUCCAGAAAAUUCAAUUCUACUGAGGGAAUCCUUCAGCGCCUGCUCAGUUCCUUGUUUGAAAAGAGCAGCCUUGGUUCUCAGUAUUCUGGAUGCAAACUGAUCUUACUGAGGUCUAUGAAGGAAGGAACAGCAACUGGAGUUAAUUUUGCUUGUGCCCGUCGGACAGAUCCAGCCAACCCUGUCCUAGACAGAGAGAAGGUUUACUGGGAAUUGAGCAGUCAGACUUGGAGCAUCACCAGACUUGGUCCCUACACACUGGAUAAGGAUAGUCUCUACCUUAAUGGAUAUAAUCAUCUGGCCUUGGCCCCCACCAAAAUGCCCACAGAACCCAGUCUGGCAUCUUUCACACUGAACUUCACCAUCACCAACCUUCGCUAUUCAGCAGACAUGGGACGUCAGAACUCAGUCAAGUUCAAUAUCACAGACACUGUCAUGCAGCAUCUGCUUGGCUCCUUGUUCAAAAAUAGCAGCAUUGGCUCCCUGUACUCUGGAUGCAAAGUGACUGAACUCAGAUCAGUGAAGAAGGGAGCACAGACAGGUGUGGAUGCUGUCUGUACCUAUCACAAGUUUCCGAGCAGCAGAGGUCUGGAUGCCAAGAAGAUUUUCCAUGAGCUGAGCAACCAGACCAGUGGCAUCCAGAAAUUGGGUCCCUACUCCCUAGACAAGGACAGUCUCUAUCUCAAUGGUUAUAAUGAACGUGGUCCAGUCCUACCUAGUGUUGUUCCAGCUCCAGCCACAACAACUGCACCUGGCCCUCCCCUGUGGCCCAGUGGGCCUCAAGGCUCUACAGCUGCUGUGCUAACCACAUACCCUCCAGCCACCUCCCCUCCAGCUACAUCUCCAGCUCUUUCACCUUUCUCAAGAACAACAGCUGCCAGCUUAAGCUUACAGCCUUUCACACUAAACUUCACCAUCACCAACCUGCUGUACACAGAAGAUAUGCUUCUUCCUGGAUCUGGAAAAUUCAAGUCCACUGAAAGAAUUCUGAAGCACUUGUUGGACACUUUGUUCAGGAAUAGCAGCAUUGGUUCUUUCUACUCUGGAUGCCAUCUGAUCUCCCUAAGAUCUAUGAAGAAUGGCUCAGCUACUGGAGUGGAUGUACUGUGCGCCUAUCGGAGAGAUCCCACCAGACCUGUCCUGGACAGAGAGAGAGUUUAUCAGGAGCUGAUCAGUCAGACUUUUGGCAUUAGCAAGCUUGGACCCUACUUACUAGAUAAGGACAGUCUCUACCUUGAUGGUUAUAAUGAACACAGUGCAGUCCAGAAUACUACUACCAGCAAUCUUAGCCUAGAGACUUUCACUCUGAACUUUACAAUCACAAACCUGCCCUACACAACAGACAUGGGAAAUCCAGGCUCCAGCAAAUUCACCACCACAGAGAAGAUCCUGCAGGCCUUGCUUGGCCGCUUAUUCCAGAAAAGUAGCAUUGGUUUCUCCUACUCUGGAUGCAAAGUUGUCUGCUUAAGAUCUAUGAAAAAUGGCUCAGCAACUGGAGUGGAUGCUCUGUGCGCACAUAGGAGAGACCCCACAAGCUCCUUCCUAGACCAAGAGAAGGUUUACUGGGAGCUGAGCAACCAGACAAAGCACAUCACUAAACUGGGGCCCUACUCCCUUGAAAGGGACAGUCUCUACCUCAAUGGUUAUAAUGGACACAGAUUAACCCAACAUUCUACUACUUCUCAGGCAGCAAGUGUAUCAGCCUCUACAACUACCCUGUGGCCCUCAGUGCCUGGAACCUUACCAGCUUCUGUGAUAACCACUUUCCCUCCAGACACCUCUCUGGCUUCAUCACCAUUUUCCAGCACCACAGCUGGUGGCCACAGCCUGGAACUUUUCACCCUAAACUUCAUAAUUACUAACCUUUUCUACAAGGAAGACAUGAGUCACCCUGGCUCUGGCAUUUUCAGUUCCACAGAGAAAGUGCUACAACGCCUGCUGAGGUCCUUGUUCAAGCAAAGCAGCAUUGGCUCCUCCUAUGCUGGAUGCAAGGUGAUUGCCCUGAGAUCUGUGAAGGAUGGCUCAGCAACUGGAGUGGAUGCUAUGUGCACUCAUCGGCGGGGUCCAACCAAUCCCAGUCUAGACCGAGAGAGAGUUUAUUGGGAGCUGAGCAAUCAAACUCAUGACUUCACCAGACUGGGCCCCUAUACUCUGGAUAAGGACACUUUCUAUCUUAAUGGUUAUAAUGAACACCAUCCCAUUGAAUCUGCAACUACUUAUGGACCACCCACUAAAUCAUCAUUUACAACUCCCUUGGUGUCCUCAGGACCUGGAACCUCUUCAGCUCCAGUGAGAACUUCUUUCCCUCCAGAUACCUCUUCAGUUCCAUCACAGUUCUCCAGCUCCCCAGCUGGUGGCCACACCCUGGAACCUUUCACACUAAACUUCACCAUCAUCAACUUAAUCUACACAAAAGACAUGGGGCGCCCUGGCUCUGUCAUUUUUGAUUCCACAGAAAGAGUCUUGCAGCAGCUGCUCAAUACCUUAUUCAGGAAAAGCAGCAUUAGUUCCUUCUACUCUGGAUGCAGGCUAACUUCACUAAGACCAAUGAAGGAUGGCUUGGCAACCAGAGUGGAUGCUGUAUGUACUCAUUGGCAAGAUCCUGACAUGCCUGCCCUGAACAGAGAGAAGGUUUACUGGGAGCUGAGCAAACAGACUUAUGGCAUCACCAGACUGGGCCCCUAUAUCUUGGACAAGGAUAGCCUCUACCUUAAUGGUUAUAAUGAACAGAAUCUGAUCCAACCCAUGACAACUUCUGGGCUCCCCACUGGAUCAACAUUCACACCUUCCCUGGGAUCCACAGGGCCUGGAUACACAGUCAAUAGCACUUCUAGUUUGGAAUCUUUCAUCCUAAACUUCACCAUCACCAACUUACUCUACACAGAAGACAUGGGAAACCCAGGCUCUGAUAAAUUCAACUCUACAGAGAAGAUCCUUCAACGCUUGCUUAGUCUCGUGUUCUGGAAAAGUAGCAUUGGUCCCCUCUACUCUGGAUGCAAGGUGACUUCUUUGAGACCUAUGAAGAAUGGAUCCGCAACUAGAGUUGAUGCCCUGUGUUCUCAUCACACUGACCCUGCCAAUGCUGUCCUGGACAGAGAGAGGGUUUACCAAGACUUGAGCAGGGAGACACAUGGCAUCAGCAGGCUGGGUCCCUACACCCUGGAGGAGGACAGUCUUUAUCUUGAUGGUUAUAAUGAAAACACACUGGUCAAACCUGUCACCACCAGUGGACAUACCUUGGAAGCAUUUACCUUGAACUUCACCAUCACUAACUUGCUCUACACAGCAGAGAUGGAGCAUCCAGGCUCUCGAAAAUUCAAUUCCACUGAGAGGAUACUGCAACGUCUGCUUGGUUCCUUAUUCCGGAACACCAGCAUUGGCUCCUCCUACGCUGGUUGCAAGUUGAUGUCCUUGAGAUCUAUGAAAGAUGGAUUAGUAACUGGAGUGGAUGCACUGUGCACCUAUCAGAAAGACCCUAACAACCCUGUCUUGGAUAGAGAAAAGAUUUAUUGGGAGCUGAGUAACCAGACAUAUGGCAUCUCCAUGCUGGGCCCCUACUCCCUUGCUAAGGAGAGUCUCUAUCUCAAUGGUUAUAAUGAACACAUUCCAGUUCAACCUACUACCACUCUAACAUCAGUGACUGCCUCCUCAUCUGCAACCCCACUGGGGCCCACUGAGCCUGGAAGCACCACAGCUCCUGUGUCAACUGCAUUCACCCCAGAACCAGCUCUGGUUCCUUCACUGAUGUCCAUCACCACAGCCAGUGGCCAUAGCCUGGAGGCUUUCACACUGAACUUCACCAUCACCAACCUGCUGUACACAGCAGAUAUGGGAAACACUGGUUCCAGUAAAUUCAACACAACAGAGAAAAUCCUGCAGCACCUGCUUGAUCCCAUGUUCAGAAACAGCAGCAUUGGCAGCCUUUAUUCUGGAUGCAGAGUGAUAUAUUUUAGCUCUAGGAAAGAAGGGUCAGCAACAGGAGUGGAUGCUGUAUGCCUCCACUGGAGACAACCCAAUGUCCCCUUUCUGGACAGAAAAAGGGUUUACUGGGAGCUGAGCAAGCUGACAAAUGGAAUCACCAGACUUGGCCCCUAUACCUUGGACAAGAAUAGUCUCUUCCUCAAUGGUUAUAAUGAGCAUGAUUCAGCCCUGUCCACUGUCAGUUCUGGGAUAGACAAAGCAUCAACAUCUGUAACUCCCUUAGGCUCCACAGGGAUGGGAACCUCCAUAGUUCCUGGGCAGAGCACAUAUUCCCCAUCAACUUCUCCAGCUCCACCAUCAUUCUCCAGCACCACAGCUCCUGGGCAGAGCACAUAUUCCCCAUCAACUUCUUCAGCUCCACCAUCAUUCUCUAGCACCACAGUUCCUGGGCAGAGCACAUAUUCCCCAUCAACUUCUCAAGCUCCCGUGUCAUUCUCUAGCACCACAGCUAGUGCCCAGAGCCUGGAGUCAUUCACACUGAACUUCACCAUCACCAACCUAAUUUACACAGAAAACCUGGGUAAACCGGGAUCCCGCAAAUUCAACAACACAGAAAAGGUCCUGCGCCGCCUGCUUAUUCCCUUGUUCAAGAAAAGCAGCAUUGGCAACUUCUACUCCGGGUGCAAAGUGACUGCCCUGAGACAAAAGAAGGAUGGUUUAGCAACGGGAGUGGAUGCAACAUGCACUUACUGGAGAGGUCCCACUGACUCCAUCCUGGACAGAGAGAAAAUUUACUGGGAACUGAGCAACCAGACACAAGGCAUCAGCAGGCUGGGACCCUACACCUUGGAUAAGGACAGUCUCUACCUCAAUGGGUACAAUGAAAGAAAUCUGCCCCAAACAGGCACCACUUCUGGCCUAAACACCAUACCACCACCUGCAACCCCUCUGGGACCCACAGGGCCAGGACAGGGGACAGCCAGUGACCCCAGACUGCAACCGUUUACUCUGAACUUCACCAUCACUAAUCUACCCUAUACUGCAGACAUGGGAAACCCAGGUUCUAUUCAAUUUAAUAACACAGAAGAGGCCCUCCAACGACUGCUGGGCCCCUUGUUCAGGAAUAGCAGCAUUGGAUCAUACUACACUGGAUGUGGGUUGAUUUCCCUGAGACCUGUGAAGGACAUGUCAGCAACUAGAGUGGAUACUAUAUGCGUCCAGAGGAGAGGCCCUAUCAGCCCAGUCUUCGACAGAGAGAAGAUUUAUAAGGAAUUGAGCAAUCAGACUCAUGGCCUCACUAGGCUUGGACCUUAUACUUUGGACCAAGAGAGCCUCUGCCUCAAUGGCUAUUCAUCCCAGAGUACCCCUGGGCAAGGGGAAUACCAACUUGACUUCAAGAUCAUCAACCACAACCUUAGCAACCCUGACCCAACAUCUGCAGAGUACCAAGCCCUGCAGAGAGACAUUCAGGACAAGAUGACACAAUUGUACUCAAGCAGCCAGCUCCAGGACCGAUUCCGCUACUGCCUCAUCACAGGCCUCAGGGUAGGUUCUGUGUUGGUCACCUGCAACUGCAGCUUCUCCUCCAACCUGGAUCCGGACACCGUCAAGCAAGUUUUUCUGGACAGGACCCAGAAAGCCACAGAUCAUUGGCUCGGGGAUUCCUACAAGCUGGAUGAUGAUCUCCAAGUGAUGAAACUGGAAUCAGCCUUCCCAUUAUCUACAGCCAAGCCAUUAACUGACCUCAGGCCCCAACACUUCCAGUUGAACUUCACCAUCACCAACCUGUUCUUUUCUGAGGACUUGAAACACCCUGCCUCAGCCAAGUAUCAGGAGAGCAAAGAUGGCAUUGAGGAUGUGCUAAACCAGCUCUUCAGAAACAGCAGCAUCAAGAGUUAUUUUUCCAACUGUCACAUACAGACCUUUAGGCUUGUCCGUCCCAGAGGCCACACAGGGGUGGACUCUUUGUGUGACUUCACAACAGCUGCUCGGGUCCAGAGCUUUGAUAGGGCUGCGAUAUAUGAAGAGUUCCUCAGACUGACAAACAAUGGCACCCAGCUACAGAACUUUACUCUGGAUAGGAACAGUGUCCUGGUGGAUGGGUAUUCUACCAACAGAAUAAAUGGAACAACUAAGAAAGCAGACCUGCCCUACUGGGCCAUCAUCCUCAUUUGCCUGGCUAUGCUCCUGGGGCUCAUUGUUAGCCUGAUAUGCUGCUUUGUGGUCACCAUGUGCCUGCGGAAAAAGGAAGGAGAUUAUGAGGUCCAAAGGCGAACCAUCACCUCUUACCUCUCCCACUUGGACCCAAGAAAAAUUCAUUAAUAUUGAAUUGUGCUGAAGAUGUAGCAGAGUAAACCCAGGCACCUUGGCCCCUGGACCUGGCCAUGGCCCUGGAGUGGGCUGAGAUUGAGCGAAAAUAAAUCCUGGGCCUCAUGAGAGCUCCUUCUGGAUUGGCCAGAA